AUGCAUUUAGGCACGAAGUGUGGGACUCACCGGCAAAGCCACAUGUACGCCUGCACAUCCGGAGGUCCUGGAUUCGAGUCUCGGGUCGGGACAAGUUUAGUUAUGGAGUUUUUGCGUUUAGUAAGCCUCAGUAACAGCCCAGAGAUGGGAAGUUGGCGGUGUUUCACCCCCGUGCCUCGGAGAGCACGUAAAGCCGUCGGUCCGGUGCCUCAACUCUCAACUCCACUGGAGUAUGAG